AUGGCCUUUUCAUUUGAUUUUAUGUGUCAUUAAUAUUAAAAUAUUAUAAAAAUGUCAAGUGGUGGUAAGAGUUAUUGAUAAUUGAAAAAGUGAGCAAUGAGUAGAUAGGAGAGUUGGUGGAUCACCUAAACUAAGAGCAUGACAGCGAGGAUGAAGGCAUGGAAGAUUACAAGAUAGGAGGUUUGUGAAAUAUGACUAUAAGAAAGGAUAUCACCCAGUUCAUAUUGGAGAGGUGUUGCUGAAUCGUUAUGUUGUCAUUCAGAAAUUAGGGUGGGGGCAUUUCUCGACUGUGUGGUUGGCAAAGGAUUUCAAAUAUGACACAUAUGUGGCGCUAAAAAUUCAGAAGAGUGCAUCGCAUUACUUGGAAGCAGCAUACGACGAAGUAAAAGUGAUGGUCCAAAUUUUGUUUAGGUGGAGAUCCUAUAGAAGGUGGCGCAGAAUGUGCAAAAUCCUGUUUGGAUCCAAUCAUUAAAAGAUUAUUAUGCAGAAGUAAAAGUUGAUCUACGCAAUUAAUAAGGAAGGACGCACCCAUUUCAAUCGAGAUGAUACUCACACAGUGCAACUGUUAAAUUCAUUUGUCUACAAGGGACCUUAUGGACACCAUUUUUGUAUGGUUUUCGAGAUUUUGGGUGUGAAUCUCUUGGAAAUAAUAAAAAGAUACAACUACAAAGGAGUACAAUGAUUGAAUAUCAAGUUAGUGUCCAAUGGACAUCGUGAGGAAGAUGGCCAAGCAGAUAUUGAUUGGGUUGGAUUACUUGCAUAGAAUUUGUGGUGUUAUUCACACUGAUUUGAAACCGGAGAAUGUGCUACUCUGUCUGUCAGAUGAGGAGAUCAAAGACAUAGUGGAGAAUGGCCAAUUGACAUCGAAUCAACUGUUUUCGGAUAGAAUUCACAUCUAUAGAAAGAUGUUGGGCAUAGUGAAAGACGAGAAGAAGAAGGAGGAGGAGAACGAGCAUGAGCAUGAGGAGGAGGAAGAGACUCAGAUGAGCAAGACUCAGAGAAGGAAGUUGCAGAGAAAGAAGAAGAAGAAGUAAGGAAAUGUGAAUUAAGAAGAGGAGGAGGAGAUGCCUAAGUCAAUUAAGGAUCUCUUCAAGUAGGAUAAUCAAAAAAAGUAAUAUGCCAUUAUUAAAUUUGGAAGGAUAUCAUUUAAGACUCAGAAGCCAUUGCCUGACAAUUUCAGAGUGAAGAUUGCAGAUUUGGGAAAUGCGUGUUGGAUUCAUCAUCACUUUUCCACUUUGAUUUAAACCAGACAAUACAGAUCUCCGGAAGUGUUAUUGGGAAUUAAGUACAAUCCAACAGCAGACAUAUGGAGUUUCGCAUGCAUGAUAUUUGAAAUGCUUACAGGAGAUUAUUUGUUUGAACCCAGACAAGGGCCAAACUUCUCAAAGAAUGAAGAUCAUUUAGCUCAGAUCCAGGAAUUGCUAGGCAAGUUUCCUUAUGAGUAUGGGACAAGGGGAGCUAAGGCUAAAGUAAGAUAAUAUAGAAUUAAAAUAAGCGAUACUUUUCUUAGAGUGGCGUGAUGAAGAGAAUAUAACAAUUGCAUUUCUGGAAUCUAUAUAAUGUGUUGACUGAGAAAUACAGAUUCAAAAGCUAGGAGGCUUUGUCAUUCUGUUCGUUUAUGAUGCCAAUGUUGCAUCAGAUGCCAGAGUAUCGUACGACUGCUCAGGAAACACUUAAGAGAGAGUUAUGUUGCAAUGCCAGUAGCGAAUAGGUCUUGAAACGCUAUAUCGAUCAAGUGUUUUAGUUCUAGAAUUUCAGAGAGUGCAUUCCUCCUUCAGGAUGGUUCAAACAGACGACUGAUGAGAAGGUUGGACAUAAGAUGAGUGAGGAGGAGUACAAGAAAUUUACUGCUCAGAAGAAGAUUAAUCAAGAGCAGGAAGAAUUGGAAUAGGGGCAGAUUUGCGAAGGGAUUCAACCCACUCUCUUGACCAACUAUAGAAGAGUACUUAUACUAAGUAUCAGAAGGCAUCUACGAGGUCUUAUGAGGGAUCAACUUCAUUGACUCCUGAAGUAGAAGUUCUACCAAAGAAACAAGGGAAGUAUGUUGAUCAUAGGGUGAUUGAUAGGUCAUUCACUGAUUUGGGAUACAUAGGAUAUGGGGAAGGAAUUAAUUUGGAAUAAUUAGAUAGUACAGGAAAUUGGUAAUUUAGUUGAG